AGCAAAAGGAAGAAGAAGAAGAAGAAGAAGAAGAGGACGUUCACAACCGCAUCACACACACACACACAAAGCACCAGGGGGUGAUGUCGAGCCGCCACUUGCGUCGCUUGCGUCGACUUCGCGGGGACAACCCCGAGACCGACCUUGCAGUUGAGCCGGAGUCGGAGAGGACACACGCUGAUCAACGACAGGGGCAGCCAAGUGAUGGCAAUGAUGAUGGCAGCAACAGCAAUGACAGCGACAACGACAGCGACAGCAAAGGCGAAGCAGCCCCUGCCUCAAGAUUCAGCGCGUUCGCUGCCUUGAUGGACGAGGAGGAGGAAGAAGACGAUGAUGAAGAGGAACAAGAGGAGGAGCAGCACGAGCAGGAGAAGCCCACCCAGCAGCCGGCAGAGGACGAGCAAGACGGCGUUGCGGAGGCAUUGGCGCAGUCCAAACGCAAGAAGAACAGGAAGCGCCGCAACAAGAAGAAGAACAAGAAGAGACAGACACCAGUGCCCCGGCUUGAUGAUGAUGAUGACGACGACGAGGAGGAGGAGGAGGAGGAGGAGCACGACGGCCUUGCCACCAAAGACAAUGGUGGUGCGGAUGAGGUGCGCCAGAAGGCGGGAGGCAGCCUACCCAACAAUGACAACGAUGAUGGCGACUUGGACGCGCUCAUCAAGAGCGUUCAAGAGCAAUUUGGGGAGACAGGCGAAGGUGCAACGAGUUCCAAGCCUGGGGGACAGCAGGAUCCCUCCUUGUCCGAGCAGUCCAUUCUUGCCGUCGACAGAAGGUAUCUGAAUGCGGAGAAGGAGCUGCAACGCAAAUUCAAGGCGCGCACCUCCGGCCGAGCCACACACACGUUCCAGACACCCCAGCACAGGGUGCGCGGGCGUGCUGUGCGGUCUGCGAUGGUGACGCCGAAGCCGGACUGGCCGCCGCUCGGGCGCCUGGGCAUCACCAUGACCGUCGACAAGGACGCACAACCACCGCCAUCGCAGCCCUCCUCCUCCUCCUCCUCACCGUCGUCAGCAUCAACAGCGACAGCGACAGCAACAGCUGGCAAUGCGAGGCAGCACGUGUUUCGGUUUGCGCACUCGUCUUCAUAUCGGGAGGUGCAGCAGCUGUUCCUGCGCGCGGUGAAAGGGUACGAUCCGCGGGCGUUUGAGCACAUUCUUCGCCGCCACCCUUACCACGUCGACACGCUCCUGCAGAUGAGCCAGGUGGUGCGUGUGCAUGGCGACACAGCGCAGGCUGGGGAGCUUGUUGAACGCGCGCUGUACUGCUUUGAGGCGAACAUGCACCCCAUGUUCAACCCGAGCAAAGGGGACUGCUUCCUCGACUACCGCUACUACGAGAACAGGGCAUUUUUCAUCGCGCUCUUCAAGCACAUCUCGUACGUGAGCCACCGCGGGUGCUGGCGGACGGCGCUCGAGUGCUGCAAACUCCUCCUCGCCCUCGAUCCAGACAACGACCCUGUUGCUGCCAUAUUGCUGAUUGACUACUUUGCGCUGCGCUCCCGCGAGCUCUCGUAUUUUCUCUCGCUCUGCCGCGUGUGGGGCGCCAAGAAGAAACUCGACUGGCUGCCAAACUUUGCAUUCUCCCAUGCGUUGGCGGAGUACAUGCUGUCACUUUAA